AUGCCUCAGAACGAGUAUAUGGAGAGAUGGCGCAAGCUGCACGGCCGCCGUCUCGACCACGAAGAGCGAACCCGAAAGCGCAUCGCCCGUGAAGGCCACAAGGCCUCGCAAGACGCCCAGAACCUGCGCGGUCUGAAAGCCAAGCUGUACCAGAAGAAGCGCCACAAUGAGAAGAUCCAGAUGAAGAAGGCCAUCAAGGCCCACGAGGAGCGCAACGUCAAGACCGCGGACGAGAAGGAGCCUACGCAGCCCCUGCCCUCGUACCUGCUCGACCGAUCGAACCCGUCCACGGCAAAGGCCCUCAGCAGCGCCAUCAAGAACAAGCGUGCGGAGAAGGCUGCCAAGUUUAGCGUGCCGCUGCCUAAGGUGCGAGGUAUCAGCGAGGAGGAGAUGUUCAAGGUUGUCAAGACGGGCAAGAAGACACACAAGAGGGCGUGGAAGCGUGUCAUUACGAAGCCUACCUUUGUUGGACCCGAUUUCACCAGACGAAACCCCAAGUACGAGCGCUUCAUUCGCCCUAUGGGUCUGCGUUACAAGAAGGCCAAUGUUACACACCCUGAGCUGGGAGUUACUGUGCAGCUGCCUAUUAUCAGUGUUAAGAAGAACCCGCAGAACCCGCUGUACACCCAGCUGGGCGUUUUGACCAAGGGUACCAUUCUCGAAGUCAAUGUUAGCGAGUUGGGUCUGGUUACUGCCGGAGGAAAGGUUGUCUGGGGCCGAUACGCUCAGGUGACGAACAACCCCGAGAACGAGGGAUGCAUCAACAGUGUGCUGCUGGUCUAA